AGAAACAGUGGGAGACAGAACUGAAGUUGCAUGUGGAUCACAAUCCCUGAGAUAGAACGGGAAUCGGACUGGAGAAUCCGCUCUGAGAAGCCACUUUCUCUACAUUCAACUGGGAGGGCUCAGGGAAGACCUGGAGGUAGAAAUCAUUUUCUUCUCCCUGAUAGGCUUAAUGGAUUGUUUAUGAUUAUUUAGGGAGACAGGUUUAAUAAACCUGAGUACAGUUACCUUCUGGCUAUCAGCAUACUCGCUGUAGCAGCCAGGAAGGUGCCCCUCACUCUCCCUUCAAGAGAAAACUUAUCUUCAGCUGCAAGGAGUACCGUGAACUGACAGCCUCUGGCUGUAGCACUGUCAGGAUCCUGGGCAGCCCGGCCAAUAGCUACACACCGUACUGGCACUUGGACAUUCUUGCACGGACUGCCAACCAGUCUUGUCCACAGCUUGUCUUGUCCACAGCCUGGGGGCCGGACCAAGUCACUUCUGACAUGGGCGCUCUUCCUUGGCUGCUUCUUUUCCUGCUACUCCAGGGAGCCAAAGGGAACUCUGGAGAUGAUGCUGACACCGAGGAAGUAGUUGCAGUCCUUCAGGAGUCCAUCAGCCUCCCCCUGGAAAUCCCACCGGAUGAAGAGGUUGAGAACAUCAUCUGGUCCUCUCAGAGAAGGCUUGCUACGGUGAUGCCAGGGAAAGAGGGACAGCCAGCGACCAUCACCGUGAUUGACCCUCACUACCAGGGUCGAGUGAGCUUCCUGGAGCCCAGCUACUCUCUGUACAUCAGCAAUGUGAGCUGGAAGGACGCAGGGUGUUACGAAGCUGAAGUCAACAUGAGGACUGCUCAGCUGUCAAUCACCCAACUGUACCAUCUACGCGUCUACCAACGGCUGUUGAAGCCCAGAAUCACUGUGAACUUUGAGAUCUCUGGGGAAGGUUCCUGUAAUAUAUCCCUGACAUGCUUUGUGGAGAAGGGAGGCAUGGAUGUGACCUACAGCUGGCUCUCCUGGGGGGACAGUGCUGGCUCAGCCCACGAAGGCCCCAUCCUCAGAGCAUCCUGGAGGCCUGGGGACAGUGCUCUUUCCUAUACCUGCAGGGUCAGCAACCCCAUCAGCAACAUCAGCUCCCAUCCUAUCCCUGCUGGGUCUUUCUGUGCAGAUCCUGGCUAUCCUGAGAAGUCUUCCACAGUCUUCUGCCUCCUGGCUAAGGGCUUGCUGCUCCUCUUGCUCUUGGUAAUUCUAGUGGUGAGCCUCUGGGUCAUCCGAGUCUACAAAAUGCCAAGGAUGAGGUAUCUCAAGAGAAACAGAAUGAGACUGAGGAAAAGGGGGAAGGCUGGCCCCAGCCCAGCCUGACCUGGGUCUUGACUCUGGCUUUUCUUUCCAGCCUUGGGGAUCUUCCGGCCAGGUGGGCAGAGGGGAAGCGGGGGUUCUCAGGGGUGGAUACUCAAAGGACCAUAUUUUCCAAGAGAAGACCACCUGGCAAUAAAAUCAAAUUAAGUACCCACUA